UAAAAAAAUAAAUAAAAAAAACAACUCGGCCGCGACGCUGUAUCCGUUUUGACAACGUGAGUCGUUUCACGAAGUAGAAUAAAGAUUUUUAAGAAAAUUACAUAGCGUAACACUUCGCGCUGUAACGCGGCUUUAGGGAAAAAGUUCUUUACUUCCAAAGUUUAAUCUCGAUUCUCAGAAUUGAUUCGAAUUUCGAUACAUUCAGGCUCUAUAUUCCGGGUUAACUUCGCGAUGCUUCCAUAAGAACUGCGCACACACCUAAACCUACCAAUUCUUAUGAAUAAUUCUCUUGCAGAUUCCGAAGUUUGCAUAAUCAUCGGGUGCCGCGUGCUUAAGUGACUGCACACGCGCAUGUACUCGUGUGUAACAGGCAUUGACUGUUGGUUAUUCGCUUUAAUCGCAAAGCACCCGGUUCUAUCCCCGGACAGUUCCAUUGGCCCGUAGGGUUCGAACUUAGACCCCAGCGAAAGUAAUAUCCAGGAAACGUAGGUUGUGCGACACGAUGCAGGCACGCUUGUGUUUGCGUUCGCAUGUGUGCGUGCGAAUUUGCAAUUGAGGAAGCUACUUCCCAUAUAUUCGCCCCUUUAAUUUACGUAUACUAUUUUUCUCCGUCCUUAUCUACGAUCCCGCUCUAUCUAUCUCUUUCUCUCUCGCUCUCCGAAGAAGCAUUCCUCCAAAUCAUUUACUCAAUCUACACACGCAAACACACACGCGCAUCUCGCUAGCUGGUUCCGCACGUCUAAUUAUCAUUAUAUCUUGUUGCGUUGUUGUAAAUUAUUGGCUGAUUAGUUAGUUAAAUUAGAUUGAAAUUACGGUACUAUCGCUGCCGGCUUUACGGACUGAGUGAAUCUUAAUACCAAUGGAUGUUUUAAUGUAACGUUGAUGGAUAAAUUUCGGACUGUCGUCAGCUCAGGAUGUUGAAAUCGGUGAACGCGUGAAAUUUUAACUUUUCUUAUCGUAAGUUCAUACCCACGCAACAUCUUGACCCGUGUUGCGUACGAGAUGGAAAUAAUUUUUCAUUCUUCAGUGUAGGGAAUUAAUUAAUGUUUCGGAAGUCUCUCAACGCGAAUCUAUUUGAAAAAAUUUAUAUUUAUCUUUGCAUUGCCGUCGGGUUAUCUGAACUUGGAGUGAUCCUUCGAUAAGAUAAACUAAUUGGUAUAAAAAUAAAUACACUGCCAAUUUGUGGCGUUCGGAAUUUGCGGUCGAAAAAUUUUAGCCGAAAUCGUUUCUGAAUUAUCUCAUGUCCGAUGCUUGAAUGAGAGAUAAAUCACUGUAAGGACCUUUCGUUUCGGGUGAAAAUUCAUACGGUCGAAGAAUCUGAGGCGAAGGGAAUGCGAAUCGAUUUGACCGAGCGAUUGAAAUUAACGCUAUAAUAGUUUUGAAACAUUUUGAUUAUCGGCAGUUUCUCAGCUUUACGAUGCUAGUGGUAUUAUUGAGGUCAAUCCUCUAACUCGAAACCGAUGAAUAUUAGCGGUUACUCAAUAACGCAGAGAGAAAAGGAUCCAACGUUAGCAGUUGUCGUAGAUGUACGAGUGAAGUUUAACUUUUAACAUUUUUCGACGCGUUUCUACCCCAGAAGUCACGCAAAUGCAAAUAAUUCGAUUGGGGUCAAUUUCGUAACGUCUCUUCGGGUAAAAGUUGUUAGCGGUAACCGCGAAUAAAUAUCUAAUCCUGGAUAUUUCUGCAAAAAUAUAAUGAAUCCCGUUACGUGACGAACAUGUGCACGAAUUUAGAAAGCACGAGAUAAUAUUCAGGUUAAUUUAGGUGUACAGACUUAAUUCGGACGUUUCGUUAAAAAUGCAGAUUUUCGUCUCACACGCGUUUCCUCGUCAUAAAUAUUAUAAGUAAUACACGUAACGCCUACCUUUUCAAAGUUGCAUAACUUUUGGAUCGACCUUGACGUAAUCGGUUCACAUUUCAAGCGAAACUAAAUCAGAUUACAUUUCCUACACUGUAUUGUUUUACUCAUUGGUUUCACCGGUUACCAAAUAACAAUGAACAAAUUAUGUCAUCUUCCAUGAUUCUUUUGCUCUAUUAUAGGUAUAUAUUGUGCUAGAAUUGCAGACUAAAAUUUCAAUACUAAAAAAGUAUUUUAUACGAACAAAAAAUUUAACCCCAGUUGUAACAAUUCUUUGGGUGAAAUACCUGACGUGGAAGAAAUUGGCUGGUUUCCACGCAGUGUUCGAAUAUCGCGGUGUGUGGUAACAGAUUAAUCAUAGCAGAUCUUCCGUCGAGUGGUGGUGAAGGUUCUAGUGGUACGUGAUUGUGAAUAUAUUUUCCCGUUUAUAUACGAAACUUAAACGGACGCGAAGAGCUGGCGGAUAUAAAAAAGUACGGGAUAAGUUGUGCAAUGAAACUCCUGACUCUUCCACAAAAUUGUUCGAAACGAAUCACGUGUACUUUCUAGUUGAAAUUAAUUUUGGUCCGAUGGCCAUAACCCGGGACUGGUUUAGAGUCAUGGAAAUUUAACGACACGGACUUGCCUCCGUGUGAAACAAAAGAAAGGAAAAAAGUUAAGAAAAGGAAACAAUUCAAUACAGACCAGAUAAAACGGUUUAUAGCUGAAACCGAAAUCGACUCGUCAAAGUUUUGGAAUACCAGUGCGACGCUGAAAAUAAAUCAUUCAGGCUGCGGAGGUGUACGAAAGUAAAUAACAAUAAAUAACAGCAACAAUAAUGAUAAUAACCACAAACUAAUGGCGUAUAUUUGUCGGUAAAAUGUUGAGUGAUCGAGUGUCAAUGCCGCACGGACAAUUGACGAUCCACCCUUAAGUGCUAAUGGUAAUAAAUAAACCAAUGCCAAAUAAACUGCUUGAAAGAAAAGACGCGAUUGCAAUUUGAAUAUUAAAUUCAAAGAAAAAUGAGAUUUCAAGGUGUCGACUUAGUGGUUGCAGUGCUGCUAAUAUUGCCGGCAAUAAAUGCGGCAACUUUUCGAGAUAUGAUACUACAGUUAUUUAAAACAGUAAGGGACAGUGAGAUUAGUAUAGUUUAUCCAGACAUCAGCGACGGAGUGAGGAGGCAACCGAGGUUCGCCAAGCAAAUACCAUUUCCAUGCGACGUCAGAGGAGAUCAGCCUCGAGACCUGACAGCGUUCAUCGUCUGCGGCCUGGUGACAUUGACGUGGUCGGCGCCCUGGGCGACUCUCUGGUGGCGGCGAAUGGUGCCAUGGAGGAAUAUGCACUUGGGACCUUCAUCGAGGCGAGAGGGGUCAGCUGGUGCGCAGGGGGUCAGGGUGACUGGAGGCAGUUCCUAACGUUGCCGAACAUAAUGAAGGAGUUUAAUCCAAAUUUGACUGGCUACUCAACGGGGAACGGAGAAUUUAUAUCGAAGCAAGCCAAGCUCAACGUAGCAUUUCCCGUCGCAGCUACGGAGGACGCUCUUCAUCAGGCCAGAAUCCUUGUACGGAGGAUCAAAAAUGACCCUACCAUCGACAUGAAGAGAGACUGGAAGCUCGUCACAAUUUUCUUUGGUGCCAACGACAUAUGUUCCGCCCAGUGUUACAAGCCGGAGCAAUUCUCGCCCUCCCGACAUGCUCUGCAUUUGCGCCGCACGUUGGACUACCUGAGGGCCACCUUGCCGCGGACUCUUGUCAACGUCGUUCCGGUAUUAGAUGUCACCGUGUCCAUAAGAGUCCCAACAAGUACAAUGUGCAACCUAUUGCACCCGCUGUACUGCGCCUGCAUGCACGAAGGAAACGAACCGGACAUUACCGGGUCUGUCAUGUCCCGGCAGUAUCAGCAGGCGGCGGAAUCUUUGGUGCUAUCUGGAAGAUACGACACGACGCAGGAUUUUACAGUCGUGUAUCAGCCAUUCACGGAACUGUUCAACGCGCCAAACUCGAAUCCUAGGAAUUCGGAGGUCCUCGAUCAGACUCUAGUCACUUACGACUGUUUUCAUUUCAGUCAAAAGGGCCACGCCCUCGGAGGAAAUCUACUGUGGAACAACUUACUGGAACCUGUCGGCAAUAAAACUGAUAAUGGAAAGCCGAGAAUCAUGGAGAGGCUGGUGUGCCCAUCGGCGAGGACUCCGUACAUAUUUACGAACGUUAAUUCGAGAUAUUAUUACGAGACUGGAAACCAAGAAGGAAUCUCACCAAGAUAGCGCGUCAAAAAAUAGCACAAUUAGUCAAUUAAUUCACUUGCUGAGAACCUCAGUUCUUUCUCUGAUGAUCGAUUUAUCCAGAGUUUUGUAUUAUUGUAAAUAUUUUUCUACAAACUAAACCGUGUACAGUUGUCAAACGCUCCUCGCGGAGGUUUAAUAUUUAAGCCUUUGAAUGCGUUAGAUUAGUUUGAGUUACGAUUUCAUAGAGAACUAUUUCAAUUUUCUUCAACGCAGAAAUUAUCUUGGCAGCGAUAUGAUUUUAUAUUAAAAAUCAUGAGGUCAAAUUAAGUUAUAUAAAUGUAUUUACCGUUCAUUCUACGGGGAUGAAUAUUAUUUACUUACGUUUCCACGUAUAACUCAUAGUAAUUGAUGUUGAAUGAACAUUGAAAUACCAAUUGCUCAAGUUAUCAAAUCUUUUGAUGUUAUAUCGUAUUUUUUGCAAUCACUUCAACGUGCAUAUACGUGACAACAUGAAGGUCCUCUUCGAGAAACAUCGCAAAAAUUUGUAAAUAUGUGAGGUGUCCAAGAACCUACGAAUUGACAAAUGAUUUUAGAGAAACGUAAAAAUAAACGGCCUUUCAGAA